UCGGCUCCACCCACACUGCGUUACCUGUCCCACAUUCACCUGUAUCCACCGGGGAUCUUAACCCAUUUGUCUGUGUGGGGGAUGCUGGGAGUUGUAGUCUAUCGGCAGCGGCCGGAGGUACCAGGUUGGACAGAGGCGUCGGCUCGCUGUCAGACUGGAUCGGCCAGUUCUACUGCCCCAGGUACAGGGGUUGGCACUAGGGAGCCUGGCACAUCCCAGGGUGGAAAUACCAGUGGGGCCGGCAGCGGGGUGAGACAGCCGGGGAGGAUGGUUGUCAGUUACCGGGACCAGAAUUAUGGGCGAUUAAAAGAUGGAUGCCGGCAGGAGGGCCGCCUCUUUGAAGACCCAGCGUUCCCAGCUGACAGUCGCUCCCUGUACUACAGUCGGACGCCCCCCGAGGGAGUAGAGUGGAAGCGCCCGCAGGAGUUGGUGCAGAAUCCUCGUCUCUUUGCUGAAGGGGGCAUUAGUACCCACGACCUGCACCAAGGCAGUCUGGGUAAUUGCUGGUUUGUAGCCGCCGCGGCUUGUUUGGCCGGAGACCCCUCUGUGUGGAAAAGGGUUAUACCGUCCCCCAAGGAGCAGGACUGGCCUCGGCCCGGGGCCCCUCCCCACGCGGGGAUCUUCAGGUUCCGGCUCUGGCGAUUCGGCAGCUGGAUAGAAAUAGUCAUUGACGACCGUUUGCCCACAGUCCGGGGGGAGUUGCUCUUCUGCCGCCCGGGCCAACGAGGCGCCUUCUGGUGUGCCCUGCUGGAAAAGGCCUAUGCCAAACUCAAUGGCAGCUACGAGGCCUUGGAUGGGGGCAGUACCGCCGAGGCGCUCAUUGACUUUUCCGGGGGGAUCUCCGAGCCCAUUGACCUCCUGGGGGAGAAUUUUACAUCUGAAGAAGAGCGGAAGAAGCUGUUUAAAGCUCUGCUGAAGGCCCAUAGCCGGGCGUCUCUCAUUAGUGCUGCUAUCAGGCCGACUUCUGGGCAGUCCCUGGAGCAGGUCCUGGCGUCGGGCCUGGUGAUUGGCCACGCCUACAGCGUUACGUCUGUGCGCAGCAUCACUCUGCGCUCGGGGCUCCUGUCUCUGUUCCGCACCCACAAACUGCGCCUCGUGCGUCUGCAGAACCCCUGGGGGAGUGGGGAAUGGAAUGGUGCCUGGAGUGAUGGGUCGGAGGAAUGGAAGCGAAUAAGCCGGGCAGAGAGAGAGAAGAUGGGUGUGACUGUGAGUGAUGAUGGGGAUUUCUGGAUGAGUUGGGGCGACUUCUGCACUCACUUCACUGACCUCACCCUGUGCCGCCGGGUGAACACCAGCACCCUGAGCACCCACAAAACCUGGACUGAGGAGUCGGCCCUGUCGGUAUGGAGACCAGAUGCAGAUCCUCUGAAGGACAGGAGUGGUGGUUGCCCCAACUAUAGGGAGACCUACCUGCACAACCCCCAGUUUUCCUUUGAUGUGACGUUGGACCAGGACGUGGCGCUCAUUUCCGUGGAACAAGAGGACCGUAGGACUCAGCGCAGUGAGGGAGGGGAAAACCUGCCCAUUGGCUUCUUUGUGUUUAAGGUUGAGGUGAACCGUAAAUUCCGCCUCCACCGAACUGCAACAAAGGUUUCCUCUUCCACCUACAUCAACUCCCGCAGCGUCUUCCUGCGCACCGAGCUCCAACGAGGCCGCUACGUCAUCCUACCAACUACAUUCAGCCCCGGCCUGAUUGGCUCCUUCCUCCUGCGCCUAUACACCGACCGAGCCAGCCACCUCCGGGAACUGACUCGAGACAUCCCCGAGCCCUCCUGCUUCUCAUUCUGCCUGGGGGCCCACCGUCUGAUCACUUCCAUUACUGUACAUUCUGCUUCAGGGCUGUGGGCCCCUGGGGGUGGCAGAGAUCCUGCAUUUUAUGUGACAGUUCAUUGCGAGGGGGAGAAGGUGAGAUCCAGGAGCGUAAAGAACCAGAACCCCGAGUUUGACCUGAAAGGAGUGUUCUACCGGAGAAGGAAGGGGAGGCCUCUCGUUAUACAGGUGUGGCAGGCGCGGUUCCUGAGGGACGCUCUGAUUGGCAGAGUCUCAGCCCCCUGCCCGGUGGGGGAAGCCAAUCAGACCCAUGUGCUGAGGCUACAGAGGAAGGACGGCUCGCCCUCGGGUCUGCUAGUGAGCUGCUCCGGCUCAGGAUGGGGAGGCUUCUGGUCAUCAUCAUUCUCCUGCUGGGGGGAGCCUGCCCAGGAGAACCACCUUCAUCGCCUGUUCUGAACUCCAGUUUCACCCACCCAGACACCUACACCUUUUCCUGCACCCUCUCUCCUCCAAGGGAGGCAGUGACCCAGUUGCACUGGAAGGAGAAGCACAUUGAUGGAACCUAUAGCAAAAUUGGGGUGCAGAACACGCAGUACGGGGAUUAUAUAUAUUCCCACUACAAGGACUGGAACGUGGCGCUAAGUCUCCAGAACGGGAACACGACCUUUAUCCUGGAGAUCCGAAUGGAGGGGAAGGUGGUGUGCUGUGAGAUUGUCACGUUUCCUUCUGGUCAGACCCCAGAGACUUGUGUAGCGACGGGAGAACCACAGAUGGAGAAGGAAGAAGAAACCUUUCGCUUCCGCCCGGACCUCCUGGGGACUCUUCUUGUUGCCGCCGCCUUCACAGUGGGGUCCAUUGUUAUCAUCUGUCUGAUUUUCAGGACAAGGAACAGGAAAGGAUGCAGCUUGAGAGAGGGCAGUCAUGGGCAAAGGCCUAACCAGAGGGGACAUGGGCCAUGUGGUGCAGCGCAGACAAAUCUAGCUUAUGAAUCUACAAUUACAAGCAAUGUCUUGCAUGAUGGGAUUCUACCCCAAACCCAAGUUUUGCCUCAAAAUCCCAAGCCUUCACGAAAUUCAGCACCUCCACCCAUCCCACCGCCGAGAACCCGUUUCAUUCAUGAGCAGCAGAGC